AGUUUCUAUAAAUUAAUAAAUACAAAUCCUAACGUAAUAAUCCAAGUAUUAUAAAAAAGCGCUCGCGAUAACUCCAAACCAUCUGAAUCGAAUUAUCUCUCGAUCUCCGCUGUCCGCUGGCAAGCCUGCAACCCUCGAAAACGUCGCCUUAUAGGUACUUACUUCUGGCGCGCAUAAUAAGGUCCGGGCGCUGCUCGCACCUGGCGACUGCAGACAAGGACAGAGUGCGUGAGAAAGAUCCAUAUAGGCCAUCAGCGGCGCGCAGCCUGCACAAGCCAGCUUGCACAUAAGUACAUCAGUUCAGCCCGCAGAGCUCGCCGGCGACGACAUCGUUCUAUACAUAUAUACUUACGGACGAAGCGUGCUUUCGCGAACGUCGAGCGUACAACUCGCGGCGGCGGCGUCGUCAAGUUCCGUGAGCGAAUCUCUCCCGCAGUUGCAGUUCAGAUCUCCUCGUGUGCGUGCAGCGUGAAAAAUGGCGGAGCAGAGUGUCGACGGUUCGCCGACGAGCGAAGAUCAGUCCCCGACUGCCAAAAAGAUGAAGCCGGACGUCGCGACGACGGAGGAGUCCGACGCCAAGCAGCUCGAGGCCAGCGUCCACGAGGCCGCGCUCAACCUCUCGAGCUUUCAGAUGACGCGCGUCCUCAAUGUCAAUAGCAUGAGGAAGCAGAUAUUCGUCGAGGGAACGUUCAAAGGCUACGAGAGCCCGGCUGUCGUCAUUCUCGAGAAGAAGAUCUUUCCCGAGGACGAGAUCUUCCUCAAGCGGGGCUUCUUUAACGAAGGCACCAUCAUCAGGAAGCUCUUCAGCAACGACGUCUACGGGAACUACGAGUGCUUCCCCACGCGAGAACACAAUGGUCUCAAUACAACAAUUAUACACCCCGCCAGUCAGAAGCAUUUGGAUAAGUUUUUAAGAAAAGAGCUUUACAUCGUCAACGAAACGUACGAGAUUUAUGAAAAAGUUACUCUACCCUACCUCGAGGCCAACCAGUUCUCUCUUCAAUGGGUGGACAACAUUUUAAAUCACAAGGCAGAAUUUGAUAAAAUCAUCUUUGAAGAUAAGGACAAGGAAAAGGGCUUUGUAAUGCUGCCAGACUUGAAGUGGGAUGGCCAACUGGCAACCUUAAGUAUACUAGUUUUAGCGAGAAAGAGAAUAAGGUCUCUCAGAGAACUUAACGAGACUCACCUGCCACUGCUCAAAAAUAUUCAAGAGGCAGGAACAGAUGUCAUAAUGAAAAAGUACAAUUUACCCGCAUCUCAGUUACGAAUUUACUUGCAUUAUCAACCAUCCUACUAUCACUUACAUGUGCACUUUUCAUAUUUAAUGUUUGAAACUCCAGGAAUAUACUGUGAAAAAGCCCACCUACUUUCUACUGUUAUUAGCAACAUAGAAAUAGCAUCAGACUAUUAUCAAAAAGCUGUUUUGUCAUUUGUUGUAAAGGAGGAUGAUCCGCUGUGCAAAAAGUAUCAAGAGAAUGGUGUUUUAACUGUGAUUGAUAGUCCGGCAGACAAUUAAAAAGAGAAAAUGUGUAUAUUAGGAAAUUAUUUUUAUCCUUAAAUUAAUUAGCAUUUUGUAUUGACGAAGAAGUCUUCUGAAUCAUAAUACCAAAUAAAAUGUGAUGAGAUAUGAAACUUUUUAUACAAUCAUAAAA